AUGCCACUCCUUACGGGACCAGAACGUGAACAGAUGCUUCCUCCUUUACUAAACAUCCACCAUUGGGAGUUGUGCCAACAUGGUUCUAGAGAGGCCAUACGACGCUCUUUUAUGUUUAAAAACUUUGAUGCAGCAUUCGACUUCAUGAAAAAAAUAGCGGACAAAUCCAAAAUUAUGAAUCACCACCCUGAAUGGUUCAAUGUGUAUAAUAAGGUGGAUAUACUACUCACUUCACAUGAUGCAGGAGGUCUUUCACGACGAGAUAUUGAUCUUGCCAAUUUCAUCAAUGAUGCAGCGUUUGAAUACCAAGCAAAAUAA